AUGGGCGAAGAUGAAGAAAGCGCUUCGAAGAAAAAAAAGAAAAGUGCAUCCAAAUAUAAUUACACAUUUGGUGAUAUUCAUCCAGGGGUAGUUAUUGGCCACAAACAAUGUCUAUAUCGCGCACCUGGCUAUGCAGUCCCAUCAAAUAUGGGUUGGCUUUGGAAUGCUCAAGAUGUGCCUGGAAUGAAGUUUCGUCGAGGUUGGCAACCAGGCGUUAUUGGCAAAAGUGUGGCUAAACUAAUGACUUUCAAAUGCCCUCGAGGAGGUAAUGAACGAGACAAAAAUAAAAAGAAGAAGAAAAAGGGCAAUAGACCUGGCGUAGAUCUGGGGGGUGGAGACUCUGAACCUGAUGAACCUCUGGAACCUAAACCUACGUUGAAGGUUCAGAGAAAAGGUGAUGUCUUUACGAUACAGGUAAAUCCCUUAAAAGACUUGACUGAAAUUGCACCAAACGAGGACCCUUACGUCGAUUGUGAUCCGAUGGUAUUCAAAAUUAUCAAGAAACGAAGUCCCGAAGAGCAGGCUAAAGUGGAAGCCCGUAAAAUGGUCAAACUGAAGAAACAGCGAGAUGCUGAAAUAAGGAAAGCUCUCUCUGAAGCUGUUGAAGACAUUUGUAAAUGUGCUUACAUGGACGUUUUUUGCAACGACCUUUCAGCCAUCGACAAAGUUAUCGACAACUGUCCUGUUUUCAAGGAACCUGAUUGUAUAUGUCAGGAUGAGUCUUUGAGUUCUCUCUCCAGUAAUGCGACUUGGGAUAUAGAGUAUACUCCACCUUUCGGGUGUUUUGAUUUGGCACCAAGAAAAAGAAAGAAUUUUAUACACGUAGAAACUCAGUAUAUACCAGCAGAUGCAGGGAUUGUGGAUUUGCCGAAAAAGAAGUCAUGUAGCUCCGUUAGGCCAAAGAAAAAGACUUCGGGUCGAAUGGCAUGCUGUAGGCCUCUUUGUCGAGCGUAA